AUACACUCCAAGCCCCUCUCUUCCUUUCAUUCACUCAUACAACAUGGAUCCGUGCCCCUUCGUGCGGAUCCUCGUCGGAAACCUCGCCGUCAAGUCCCCGGCAUCAUCAAAGCCCUCUUCUUUCUCCGGCAAAGUCCACCCUUCGAGUUCCCCCUUCUUCUGCAAGAUCCUACUCCAGGGACUUGAUUCGAAUUCCACUUCUCCUAGAGUGUCCAGUGUCCCUCUGAUAUCAGACUCCGACCCACACCCUCACUCCUUCGCCGCCUCCUUUGAUUUCUCCAAAGCCCAAAUCUUGAAAGCCUCGAAGAAGCCCCUGAUGAAGAUCUCCGUCUACAAGGGCCCCACCACUCCCUCCUGCGUCUUCACCUCCGCCAAACUAUUGGGCAAAGUUUCAAUACCCCUCGAUCUCACCUUGGCCGAGUCACGCCCCUGCACCUUCCACAACGGUUGGCUCUCCCUUUCCAAGAACACCAACCCAUCCCAGUUACUUCACCUAACAGUCCGAGCCGAGCCUGACCCGCGCUUUGUAUUCCGGUUCGACGGCGAACCGGAGUGCAGCCCGCAGGUUUUCCAAAUAAAAGGCGACGUCAAGCAACCGGUUUUCACUUGCAAGUUCAGCUUCAGGGACAAGGACAAGGCUCACUUCCCUUCGCUCAACGCCAACCACGCCGCCGAGCGUAAAGGAUGGUCCAUCACCGUUCACGACUUGUCCGGCUCUCCGGUCGCCGCCGCCUCCAUGGCCACGCCGUUCGUCCCCUCCCCCGGCUCGCAGCGGGUCAGCCGCUCCAACCCGGGGGCCUGGCUCAUUAUCCGCCCCGACGGAGACGGCACCUGGAAGCCAUGGGGCCGCCUUGAAGCCUGGCGCGAGCCCAACAACUCUAACGCCGUCGGCUACCGCUUUGAAGUCCUUCCCGGCACCGCCGACCCCGUUACCCUAGCCGCCUCCACCAUCAGUUCCCAGCACGGUGGAAAAUUUGCCAUCGAUGCUACAUCCGGCGUUACUCCGGUGAACACUCCCCGCGGGAGCUGGGACCUCGGGUCCGGUUCCGGGUCCGGUUCCAAUUCGGAUUUCGGGUUGGAACCGAAUUUCUUUUAUAAUAAGGGGUUUGUGAUGUCGGCGAUGGUGAGCGGAGAGGGGAAGUGUAGCAAGCCCGAAGUGGAGGUUGGGGUGCAGCACGUGACUUGCACGGAGGAUGCUGCGGCUUUCGUUGCUCUUGCCGCGGCCUUGGAUUUGAGUAUCGACGCUUGCAAGUUGUUCUCUCAGAAACUCCGAAAGGAGUUGAGGCAGUAGAUUCCAUUCCUUCGUUUCGUGUCGUUUUGCGUGCAAUUAAGCGGAAUCUGUAACCAGGAGAGGAGAGAACUCAUUAUAUUCUUUUUCAUUUUUUUUUCUUCUUCUGAGUUUUUGAGUGAGGAUGUACAGUUAGGAAAUUAUUUGGCAUUUGCUUAGCUUAGGCAUAAAGUUUUGAAUUCUUAUUUUGCUUACAGAUCAGAUCUUCUUGUAUUCUUUUAUUCUUCUUUUUUUUAUGAAGAGUUUGUACAGUAUUUUUAAUUCAUGUCUCGUGUGUUGGAAUUAAGUAAGAUGUGAAAUGAAGCUUGAGAAUCCAAUGUUUUGGUUUAAA